AUCCUUUACUUUUAUCUAUACACCACCACUUAUGAUAACAUAAUCACAUUAAGAAAUUAUCAAGACAGUGGUUAUCUUGACCUAGUAGAGCCAGCCACUUUAUAAGUUUGUGUGUUGUCAAAUGGUUGGAGGUAAUGUUUUAUUAACCUUUACAUAUUAGUAAAAUGUGUUUACUAGUGUCAGUUAUAGUUUUUAUUUUGAUUUCUUUUGCAUUAAUUUUGUACUGGUACCAGAUAAAGAACUUUAAAUACUGGCAGGACCGCAAGGUACCUUUCCUAGAGCCUCACUGGAUAUUUGGAAACAUAAAAGAUCCCUUUUUAAAGAAAAUUUCUUGGGCAGAAUUUGCAACAAGGUGCUAUACAGAGUUCAGAGAAAGAGGAUUUGGAGGGGUAUACUUGUUCAGAAAACCAGCAAUAAUAAUAUGUUCACCAGAUUUGAUAGAUAGAGUUCUAGUGCACGAUUUUUCCCACUUCCAAGAGAGAACAAGUUUGUGGAAUUCUCAUAAAAUGCUCUCUAAAUCACUUGUACAUGCUAAAGGAGAUGAAUGGCGAGUCAUGCGUUGUUAUUUGAGCUCUGCUUUUACACCAGAAAAGCUUAAGGUUAUGUGCCAACAAAUCUUUAGCUGUAGUGAUAAUUUCUUGAGACAGGUUAGAAGUAAAAAACUAUUUGAAGUGGAAUCGUUGGUGUUUGAUUUUACAACAGAGGUUAUUGCGAGUUGUACCCUAGGUGUUCAAGUGUUGUCAGGUUCUUCCGAAAGUGAUAAAUUCUGGAAUGCUAUAGAUCUCAUAUUUAACACGUCUCCAUUACAUAUGCCUAAGACCAUCUAUGCUGUUAUUCACCCUAAAGUAUUCAGUUGGAUUCAUAACCUCAUUAUGCCCAAUUCUUCUAUUCAGUUUUUUAUUAAUUUCACCAAAGCUCUGAUUAAAUGCCGUGAACAAAGCGGAAUUGAAAGAACAGAUUUGUUACAGUUGAUGUUGACAUUGAAGAACAAAGAGAAGAACAGAGCUUUAAUUACACAUAAUUCAGAGAGAACAGAGGAGAGUGUAAACCAAUUAAAAUAUAAUUCCUAUUCUGAGCUUAACUGUGGUGAAAAAGUUUUCACAGAUGAUUACAUCACUGCACAUAUAUUCAAUAUUUUGUAUGGAGGCACAAUCCCAACUGCGACUCCAUUGAGCUUUGCUCUCUUUGAAAUUGCCAGAAAUGAAUCAAUCCAGAAGUGUAUUCGUGAAGAAGUAGAAGCAAUUGUAAUCAAGUAUGGGGGCUGGAACUAUUCUGCCUUUCAAGAAAUGGUCUACCUUGACCAAGUAAUUCAAGAGACUAUGAGGAUUUACAACUACAGCACUUUUCUGCUGAGAUCAGUGACGAAACCGUACAAAUUACCUGGAACUGACAUUGUUUUAGAGAAGGGUGUAUUUGUUAAUAUCCCUGUUUCUGCUGUUCACAUGGAUCCCCAUUACUAUCCCUCACCAGAGAAGUUUGACCCAGACAGGUUUGCCGGAAAUAAGUACAAAACGAGUGCUACGUUUUUUCCAUUUGGAAAUGGUCCAAGAACUUGUAUUGCUAUGAGGUUCGCUGUGCUCGUUAUUAAAGUGUGUAUUGCAAGGACCUUGUUUAGGUACUCGUUGACGGUGAGUGAGAAAACACCAUUACCUCUUAGAUUUGAUAUAAAUGCAAUAUUUCCAAAAGUUAAAGAAGGGCUGUGGUUGAAUGCUGUUGAAAGAGAUACAAAUAUUUAUAGUACUUUAGUGUAGUGUAAAGACUUUUCAGUAUUUUAUUAUUGAUAUGCUCAGAAGAACUGUAAAACUGUAUUGAUAUGCUGUAAAGACUACAACGGUAAAAUAAUGUGUGUGUAAAUUUAUUGCAAAAUAAUUUUAUCUCAGAUAAAAAGAGUGUGGCAUUUACAUCCUGUAUAUAUCAAUUCUGUUCACCUCUAAAUUGGAAUGUUUUAUUAGAUAUUUUACAAGUGUUAUUGUUUUAUUGGGCAUUGCCCAAGAGCAGUUUGAUGAAUUGUAACAAAGUCAGAGAGAUUAGAGUACUGGUGCUUAUCAAUCAUAUACUGCAUUUAGUUAUCGUAUCACUUGGAGUUGCUGACAUAUUUUCAGCCUUGCUGAGUUUUUUAUGCAUUUAGCUCUUGUUUUAAAUAAUUGUAAGAAAAGAAAAUAAACAUAUUAGUUGUUAAUAUACGUACAGGUUACAGGUAUAUAGGUAAUUGUACAGGUUAAUACAAUUAUGGUAGAAAUCUACAAAUAAAAUUACUGCUUCUCUUAUUAUUA